UGGGUUUGUUUGCCCUAGGCCUAUUUUGCAAGGUAAAUUUCUCUCUACUUAUGAUUUAUAUUACCAUGAAUGAAACCGAUUACGAUCAAAUUCCUUUGUUUGCUAAUUUGUAAAAACUUUCUACUUUGACUUGGAAGAAGUUUGAUUUCAAUGUCUGCUUUUUGGUUAGGCUCUGGUGAUGCAGUAUGUUCUUCCAUUUCUAUAGAUCAGAAAAUCCUUAUUGUUGGAACCAGAAUAGGUGUCACAGAGUUGUAUGAAAUUAGAAAACCCAUUGCACUUAUUCAUUAUGUUUCCUUACACGAUUGGGGAUAUUCAAUGGAUGAUAUUGGUGCGGUUAGUUCUAUUUCAUGGACACCUGAUAGUUUUGCUUUUGCAGCUGGAUGGAAAUUAAGAGGACUUACAGUUUGGUCUAUCUCUGGUUUUCGUUUGAUGUCUACAAUCCAUCAAAUUGUUUUAAAUUUCGUGUCAUCUCCAGGGGUAAAGCAAAACCCAGAUGGGAAUUAUGAUCCUUUAAUGAGUGGGUCAUGAUUUAUGCAGUGCGAUGAAUAUGGUUAUAGACUUAUGUUGUUGAAGUAGGUUCUUCAGAGAGAAUACUUGCGUUUUAUUUUGGGAAAUGUUGCCUUCACAUAGUGGUUUCGGGUAAAACCCAUGUUAGACAAGUUAUCUAUGGUGAAGAAAUGUUUGAGAGAGACCGAAAGAUGGAUAUUUUUCCAACAAAAGGCAU